UCCCGCUGUUUUUUCGUUAAUGGCGCUAACGGCCCCAUCGUGUCGCCGCGGUUGCCUGAGCGUCUGCUCGUAGCAGCGUCGUCGGCGGAGCUCCUCCCACGCAGGCCCGACCAGACGACGCGCGGAAGUCGUGGCGUCUGCUACGCACGCCUCCUAGCUACGCUUUUCUGCGAGAAAAAAGUUUUCGUGCGACUCGACUCGGUGUGUGGUGUGUUUCUUUGUCGCUCCGCAAUUGACCUGUCGUCGUCGUCGUGGAGGGGGCCACUAGUGCGUGCGCCGUGAGGUUCGACGAGAUGUCGAAUCCGGCGUCGCCCGUGUCGAGGACUUCGACGGCGCCCAGCUCGGGUCGCGCGUCGCCCGCCGGCCCCGCGGUCGCCAACGGAAACGGACCCGCGCUUCGACGGGCCAUGCUUCGCCAUUCGUCCAUCAGCAGCGUGGAAUUCUACGACGUCGCGUUCAAGGUGAUGCUGGUGGGCGACUCCGGCGUGGGAAAGACGUGCCUGUUGAUCCGCUACAAGGACGGCUCCUUCCUCAGCGGUGCCUACAUCUCCACCGUCGGCAUGGACUUCAGGAACAAGGUUGUGACCGUAGAUGACUACAAGGUUAAACUGCAGAUUUGGGACACGGCGGGCCAGGAGAGGUUCCGGAGUGUCACGCACGCCUACUACAGGGACGCACACGCGCUCCUGCUUCUCUACGACGUCUCAAACAAGACCAGCUUCGAUAACACGAGGGCGUGGCUGGGCGAGAUCAACGAGUACGCGCAGGAUGACGUCGUCAUAAUGCUCAUCGGCAACAAGGCCGACAUCACGCAGGACCGCCAGGUGCGCACCGAGGACGGCGAGAGACUCGCCAGGGAGUACGGCGUGGCCUUCAUGGAAACCAGUGCCAAGACAGGCUGCAACGUGGAACUGGCCUUCAUGGCCGUGGCACGGGAACUGAAGCAGCGGGCGUCCCGGUCGGCGCACGGCGCCUCUGGCCGCUUUAACAUGACCGAGUACAUUCGCCAGGAGAGCCAAGCCAAGCCCAACGGCUGCUGCAGUAGUUAGGGAUGGCGCGUCAAGCUCCGGCUGCCCUUCUAGCACCCCCAGCAAACUGCGCACGCCGCCGCCCCGCCCCCACAUCGGCACAGAGUGCUCAACCACCGGCAACCGGUAAUGCUGCCGGUACUGGAACUGCUGGCUUCGGGGCCAGCCAAUGUCCAGCACCAGCGAAGCCACGCUGGUCUUUGCCGGAACUACGUACUGCCGCCGUUAACCACUCACUUGGCCUUAAAAGGCAUGGUUCGGGGCACGACAGUAGCGUUCGGUUCCUGGACGUGAUGAGACCAGCUCCAGGACAACCGCUGCUGCCUGGUCGGGAAACCAUUUCGCCUGACUGUGCCACCGUUGUGGACGACUGGUAUCAAGCACUGCCCUUGUUUCCGCGUCCGUCGGGGGUGCAGCCCUGAAUCCAAUCCUCGCGCAGCCAGUCGGUUUCUCGGAGGGUCUGCAAGUCCGCGUGUUCGCUAGUGGAUGACGUGUAGCGAUAUUAUACUGCUCGUACCGCAGUUCGUUCUGCCCGCGGGUCUUCCGGGGUGGCCAACUGCAGAAAAGGGCUAGAUGACACAGCCUGUGGACUGUUACAGCCAGCCUCCCCGGUUUCCCUUUAAGAUACAGCAGUGGAAAUAUUGCGUUUGCCAGAGGGUAGCAUUCGCACGUUACGGCAAGGGGAAGUGAAAUGCAAGUGGGAGGGAGAAGACAUGAAUACUGGGCAGCUGAUUAUUAGGGCCUGUUGUAUUUAAAGGUGUGGCUAUUGUAGCGAAGAAAUACGAGCCAGUUUGUCAUUCGAACGUUCGAACGUAACAACAAUGCAAUGUAUUGAACGAGAGACACGCACAAAAAGAAGUGUUCCCAAGAGCAUAACGGGACACUUUCGAAGAACCACGUCCACAAUCGGAUACACAUGAUCUUGGUGGUUCGAAACCUCGCCUUGCGACAGCUAUAUACUUGGGGUGUUCAUUCCGUUGUUUACGUAACCUACUCGCGUUAAUGAUCCUACUAUAAUGUUUCGCGUAGCGGUAGCUGAACGCUGACUGGCUGUGCGGUGGUCACAUGGCCGUAGAGAAGCCGUGCACGCAAGCUCAAACGCGCGCACUCUUGCUUUACGCCAAGGAGAGGAGAGACGCGCGUGGAGGCUUGCGUUUUCCCUCUGUUUCCACCCUUCCCUCCCCCUUGUCGACCCAGCCUAUACGAAACCGCGCCUGCGGCAGCAGCAGAUGCAGUGGACUGAAGCUUGGACUCUGUUGGACUGUGUGCACGUGCGUAUGUGUCUAUCUGUACGUGUGUCCUCGACUGUACUACGUGUCCAUGCGGCAACGGUCGACAACUGACGUAUAGUAUGCGUGACCCCCUUCCGCGAACUAAAUCUCGUGCGUUGGUCUUUUAAGUGAGAAACGAUUCUCAUAGCGGUGCGCACACUCGAGGCAGUAUUUUUCAAUGUCUUCAAUUCAAAAAGUUCUGCAUUCAAAAGGUGUAGCGGUUAGCAUGAUACGCGAGGCAAGUAUACCUCGGUUGUUUGUAUCGCGAGAUUUUCUCGGACUCGAGAUUUUAGAGAGACCUACGUGGUUCAUCGUUGCCAUCGGUUAAAAGAAACGUGGCUGACAGCAGCCAACUCGCCUAUGCCACGAGAGAACCAGCGUUUUCCCAAGUUUGCAGUUCAGUUGGCGUGUUCCUGGGCAUGGACCACUUGAUGGAUUUCAAUUCAUUGUCGUGUCUAGACAACAGCAUGACGUUCUACGUCCAGCUGGCCUCAACACUUUUCGGCGAUGCCCGCACUUGCACUGCAAGAGGCUGGCGUGGCAGACUGCGAGAUGGCAUCAGUUCACCCUGAUCAUGCGUGGUGACUUAUGGGACACUCAGUAUUACUGUUAUCGUACCGUCUACAAGCAUUGACGCUGUGUUCUUCAGUUUGUCUUCCAUGUGCAAUGUCUGAAAGUGGCUGCACAAUGGCGUUCCGAUUUCUAAAUGUGUCACGAUUCGGUAAAAAAUGUUGUUGCGAUCUGUCUUUGCACUCAGGUUCAUAAUGUCUCCCGAACUUGUUGUUAAAUCUAACCGCAGACUUGUUUACUUAUUCACACGUCAUUCUAUAGCACGAUAUGGAUGUAUAAUCAUUACCAGUGUGGACUGGCAUCUAUGAAUCUGUUUUUAAAGGUUGUAAAGACCGGCUAAAUGCAGUUAUGAAAGCAUAAGUGUUCACGACCCUACAUGCUCAAGUGAAGAGAUAUCUCUGGUAAUUCACAUUCCUAUCGGUAAAUUACAAUGAACCGUUGAAUAAGUGUGAAUUCUCUGUUCCAACUCACCUCGCACAUGAUAGUACAUAACUCGUUAUCUCUCCUAAUCUGAUAAACUUGUAAUUAUGCCUUCCCUGAGCUUAUCUUCACGGGUAAUGUCGUUUGCCAGCGUUGAUGAAUAAAGAAACUGGCCGUAAAGGGACACUAAAG